GCAGAACAAGAAGUGAUUUCGUUGCAUGAUGUCUCUAUCCUGUCUCCCGCUAUUGUCGAAAUUAUUUGUGAAAGUUGUCGAUUCUGCUUUAUCAUAUAUUACAUGAGUAUCUUGUUUCUUCAUCUAUCUACUUCACUUUUUGAUUAUUCAUUUUUUGCCUUGCGCUUGCUCCAAAAUGUGACACAUCCAUACCUCAUUCUUUGCGCUCGCUGUGUUAGUGAACAGGUCGUGAUUUGCACGGUGAUGAAAUCACUGGAAAUAACAGAUGUUUUCAAAUCGUGAUCCAGCGGAGGAUGGCAGUGCUAGCACGUCGGCCACUGCGCACCAACAGUGGCAGCAGGGAAACGCCAGGUCUUGCGGCUUUUUCGGAACCACUUUGGUACAUCCACCGAUCACCGCUGGUCAGUUCGCCAAUAAUUAUCCGAACGCAGUGAGUGCGCAUGCUAAGAAUGCACCAAGCGUGCUCGCUCCCACCGCGAGUUCCAGUGAAAGAGCCACGACCGUCGAGUCGGUCCACGAGGCGCUGGAGAUUCAGAUCCUUCGCGACCAAAAAACGGGUCGGCUUGGAUCAUUGCCUCCCGGCGCCAGCAGCACGACUUCUUCUAGCGCCACGUCGUUGUAUUCGAAAAAUGUUGCGACCAAGAACCGUACUACAGGUGGUGCGAGCGCUGCUGCAAGCUUGGUCGUCGGUGGUGCUCAAAGAGGUUCCUACUUCGAUCUUCAGCAACAAGGAGGACAACAUCAUGAAAUAGACCACACCACAGAGACAGUAACUUCACCGCUCUACCGCCUAUCGGACAUUCGCGUUUCUGGCCCGAUCCCGACUGCAUUGAUUCAAAUGCUAAUGCAAAAUGACUGCGAUUUAGAAAUGAAUGCAAAAUGAGUGGUGAUUUUGUAAUGGUCUGGAAUCCAGAAUCAGGUCGGGGUGAAUUUAGGAAAUUGCAAAAAUUUCCUAAAUUCACCGCCCACCAAUUUCUAAAUUCACCGCUAAAUUCACCGAUCGCAGCAUACCAUCGGUAAAGGGGGUACUUUAGUGCUCUUUUUUUGGGCGAAACAGCACGGCACGCCACAUCAGUGAUUUUUAGCAAAAGAAGCAUUCUCAUCAUACCAUGGGGAAUGAUCUUUAAAUGCAAGCUUUUUCCGAUGGCAGUGGCGUUUUUUUGCGAUUUUGUUGUCCAAAAUUAAAACGCUGCAGUUGAACUCUUAAGAAGAAAGGGAGAAAGUCACGAAACCACCAAAAGACUUGCUUCGCGAAAAAAGACGUGGAAAAGUGUGGUAGGUUGGGCGUUGCCGGGGCGGGGAUUGCAAUCAAUGUGAGGGAGCCGUGGCGACGAGUCCCGUGUCGCCAUCACCUCUAUUUGUGCUAGACCUUGCCCCGCGAACCAUAACCACCCGAAAGACCGGCCCCACGAUUCUACGCCACCUCUAAAAUCACUCGAAAUUCACCACCCUUAUAUCUAAUGGGCGUCCAAGCCGUAAAGUAACUUCACCGCUCUACCGCCUAUCGGACAUUCGCGUUUCGGGCCCGAUCCCGACUGCAUUGAUGCAAUCGGACUGUCCACUGCCUCCCAACUUGGUCGAAAGUGGACAGCUUUUGGCACUCAUGCAACACAGAUUUUUGCAUUAUUCGGAAGUAGCAUGACAAGUUGCAAUCUUCCAGACCCAGACAUUUUUGCAAUGCAUAGAAUAGGUGGUCGCGUGUUCACGCAGACCUGCGAUGAAUUCCGCCAGUUUCGCUUUCAUGGUGUCCGCGUCCAGCCAAUAUCAAAUGGAAAAAUGUCUGGGUCUGGAAGAUUGUAAACUUGUCAUGCUGCAUUUGGAUACUACGAAAAUCUGUGUUGCAUGAACAGUAGAAGAGGUCCAGUUUAUUUUGCCACAGCGAGAGGGCAACAUUUCUCAUGCGGUAAUAUAGGCAUCAGGGAGACCUCACAAAAUCUGUGAUGCUAUGGCAUGCAUCACAGACGUCAGGAGUCAUGCAAAAUGUGCAUGACAGACCUUGCAUCCUUCCAGACCCAGACAUAUUUGCGUUUGAUACCCAAUCGCCGUCCGCAAUUUCCUCGACUUUGUUCUUCAGGCCCUCCUCCCGUUUUUUGGCGCUGUCCACUUCCUUCUGCAACUGCGGCUUGUCGCACUGCUCCAGUGUGGAAUCGCCUGUAUUUUCCGGGUUGAAUUGGCUUUCACAAGCAGAUUUCCGAAACGCGCACCGAGCAAACGAAUAAGAAUCUAGUACACAGUCAACCGAGGGCUCGAACACUACCCACAAGCCAAUAGUGUUCUUUAGGCGCAAGCAGAAAUAAAUCUAGGACAAAUGUAUUCCAAAAUAGGCACAAUAUCCAUCAAUGUGUUCUGGCUGGACCCAGUCCAGCCCAAGCGUAGCAAAGGUUCGACGUGCUUCAUUCUAACGCAUCGCGUAAGGUCCCUAAUGUUCC